AAAGUGGGACAGCUCUUGGAGCCAAGCCUUCUGUUUGUGUGGGUGUCCCCAGCACGCGCACGCAGGAAGUUCCUUUCCUGUCGAGAACGCGAGAUGACGUAAGCUGCUUGCCGCGCAGUGAUGAUGGCGGUUCGUGAACGCGCAGUAAAAGUAAUGGCUGCUCUGGAUCGGCGGGUUCCUAGCCUCGAUGAUUUCGUGGGUCAAAGCUGGACUGCCUGGGCCGAUUGGGCGGGCAUGACGCCGGCGGAUGGGCCUGAUGUGGAUGACUGCAAUAAGAAUGGCAAAAAGGCUGCAGAGGCAAUGUCACUCAGUAAAGAGGACAUGUCCAUCUUUGGCCUCUACCCUGGCCAUGACGACUUCUACCUGGUGGUUUGCAGCCAUUGCGGGCAGGUCGUGAAGCCACAGGCCUUUGAAAAGCACUGCGAGCGGAGACACGGGCCUGUGGCCAAGCUGUACGCCCGCUUACGCUCUCCCACCCCGGCACCGCAACCCCAACAGAGAAGCCAUCACGGCCCCUCUCCUCCUCAUGGGACCAACGCUGCUUCGUGGGAGGGUCGAAACCAGGGAGUCGGGCAGCUCCGGGCGGCUCCACCUUCACCCGUCACACCACCACAGUACAGAUACUCGAAGACUUCCAAGGACGGAGUGCGACACUCCCCACUGGAGAAGUCCCACAGCAGUCACUUUGACUCUUCGGUAUUCAAGCAGCCACCACCUCUCGAGCCUCCCAUGAGCUCCCCACCUCCGUCUCUCAGAGAUCCCCCUUGGCCACACGGAGCUACUCCGCCUGGUAGAUCUUCACCCAGUGACAGGCACCCCACAGUGAGAAAGGAUUCCACUCAAACCUCCGCUGCCACACGCCACCGCAUCCCCAGACCCUACAACAAAGUGGCUUCCAAGAGGAAGUGCGACUUGGACAAACACUGCGGCGUCCUUGACCCCGACAGGAAGAAAGUGUGCACCCGCCUCCUGACAUGCAAUAUUCACUCCAUCCACCAGAGGAGGAAGGUGGUGGGCCGCAGCAAGAACUUUGACCAGCUAGUGGCAGAACUCAAGACCAGGGUUCGAGAAAAAGGGAGCCCAGCCCUGGAGGGAGGCUCCUCGACGGGACAGUCCCUCAGCCCAGAGGCCCCCAGGGAGCAAGCUGGUACUCCACACUGCAGGAGACCUUUGGUCACCCUCCCUGCCUUCAGUUGGCCUACGGCUGUGGUAGAGAGUGCCCCAGAGGAGGAGAGCCAGCGGUCGGAUGAGGGUAAUCCCAGAGUCCCCUCGCCUCUGGUCCACGGACGAAUCUCGAGCGAUGAAAGCGAGGCCGAAGGAAACGACGAGCGAGCUGAGUUUCCAUCUUCGGCUGCGCAUCCCAGACCAGCGGCGGUGUGCUCGUUCGGAAGCCGUGUGUUGGGUCAGGGCAUCUACACGUUUGACAGGAGACUACACCACCUGAGGUCUGCCUUCAGCAGCAUGCUGGAACAGCACAUCAGCGCCCAUCUUUGGAAGAAAAUACCUCAAGCUGCAGACCUUCAGUCUCCUCCUCCAGCCAAGACCAUCACAUCCGUGUCUCCCACCAUCAUGUCCUCCUCUUCAUCACAUUCUAAGGUUCGCACAGGAAGUCAUAUUAGCUCCUCCCUCAAAACGGCGUCAUCCUCAUCAUCUUCCAGUCGAGGGCCGGGGAGGCCCCCGACAUCCACGCAGUUGGAGAACUACGGGAGCAAUAGCAGCAGCAGCAUCGCCGGUAGUCACGGCGCGCCUGCGGCGACGCGCUACCCCAGUCCCGGGCGACCCAAGAAUCCAGUCGGACGUCCCAGCAAGCAAAUGCUGAAGCUGCGAGAGCAAGUCGCUACAGCCGCUGUUCUCCGCAAGCGCAAAGUCCCGUCCCAGGAAGGAGAGCACUCGGGUCCCGACAGGAACUGCAUCGUCCUCCAGGACAGGGGCCGCCCGCCUUCCAACACGUCGUCUUUAUCUUCCAAAGCGCACGCGCAGACCAAUGGCACGCUCUCCCCCAGCAGCAAACCCCACCCCCAGCCUUCCCCCACAGACGCCCAGUCGCCGAGCACAAAGGCUAUUUGGACUUACAGACGGACACACCCUCCUCUGGGGGACCCUUCUCCCACCGCCAAUUCCCACAGCCGUGCUUGCGUGGGAGACUCAGGGCUGCACGGGCAGGGCAGCGGGAGGGUCUUUGAGCACCAGAUGGGAACGGUGAAGAAACGCAAAGCUGGUCGUACGGAGGAUAACGCUCCCUCCUCUAAGCCUUCAGCCCACUGCCUGACUUCCUCCUCUUCUUCCAGCUCUGCCACUUCGUCUCCACGCUCAAACUUCUACCCCUGGAAAGACAAUAAAAGCGGGACGCUUUCUGGGGGUGUGGAGAAGAAACUGGGCACACAGAAGGUAGGUUUGGACGAGGGGAAAUGGGUGUACUGAGCAGUUCCAGUCCACACUUGGCCCCUGCAAAGGCGACUAGGAGUAACCCUUGAAGCUCUUUUGAGAACGGAGUGGUUUCUGUUGUGUUUCUGCUUGUAUGGCUGCGUUAGUGAGGGCGGCCUCUGCCUGUGCAGCUACCUCGCAGCUCGUCACCUGUGUUCACUGGUGUAGCUGAUGAGACUGCCUCUGCACAGCUGAAAGGAUGCUGCCAGUCAGACAGUUUGUACCGUGCAACCAGCUCAGUGCCUCACAGUGCAUGUAGAGGAAUCAUGUUUCUGCAUAGACGCAGCAGUGUACUGCUGACGUGUUGCAGGUGCAGCUGCUGCCCUCUGGGUAAUUACAAAGUGCCAUAGAUAAGUCAGGUCAUACUCCUCAGAGUCUCUGUUGUCAGCGACGUAGUCUUGGACUAGACUAACACAGGUCUGCUGCAAGGUAUUAAAAAUGACUAUUACUCAACCGAGAGCUGUUUCCAUGACGAUCAGUGACGCCCAGCAGCGGUGGACAGAAAUUCCCGCCACGCUCCGAGGAGCGGUCUUAAACUGGCUCUGUGUGAAACAUGGAUCUUUGUUUAUUAUGAAGUGAAUGCAAAGAGCAGCUGUCUAAACAAAAGUAAUAAUUUGACUAAUUUUCUUCUGUCCUACAGCCAAAACUGCACCAUUAAGUGUGCCUGCCUUACAAGCCACGAUGAGGGAGCCAGCUCUGCUCAGUCCAGGACUGAGCCAACAGGACUGUGUGUGUCUGUGUGUGCCUUCUGUCUGUGGAGCGAACGCUCGGGUGUGGAUGUGACCGCUUGUUUGUAUGUGCAGUGUCGAUGUAGUGUGGAUCGCAGCUGGGUGUGUAGGUCUGGGUGAGUGAAGGAGGGUGGGAGGAAGUUCAGAGCGUAUGGAUUUAGAAAUACCUCACGACCAUCUGGUUAUGCUGCUAAAUGAAAUGUUGGUUUAUAAAAAUUGAUUAAAAAUGUCAUUUUCA